AUGUUGAUGGCAACAGAAAUACCUGAAUGUGUAGAAAGCGAGCUUGAUCGCAUCAGCAAAGCAAAAGCUUGCUAUACUCAGAAAUACAGUCGGUGUUUGUUUGAAAAAGGGCGGAUUUAUACGUUUAUUGGUGAGGUGGUCGUUUCCAUGAAUCCGUACAAAAACUUGAACAUCUAUGGGCGUGACAUGAUUGAGCAGUACAAAGGAAGGGAAUUGUACGAGAGACCUCCUCACCUCUUUGCAAUUGCUGAUGCCGCUUACAAAGCGAUGAAGAGGCGAUCGAAAGACACCUGUAUUGUCAUAUCAGGUGAAAGCGGGGCUGGGAAAACUGAGGCCAGUAAAUAUAUUAUGCAGUACAUAGCAGCCAUUACCAACCCCAGCCAGAGGGCCGAGGUGGAAAGAGUGAAGAACAUACUGCUGAAAUCCAACUGUGUGUUAGAGGCCUUUGGCAAUGCCAAAACAAACCGUAAUGACAAUUCCAGCAGGUUUGGAAAAUAUAUGGAUAUCAACUUUGAUUUUAAAGGAGACCCAAUAGGUGGGCAUAUCAAUAAUUACUUACUAGAAAAGUCUCGUGUGAUCGUGCAACAGCCAGGAGAACGAAGCUUUCAUUCUUUUUACCAGCUCCUCCAGGGGGGUUCUGACCAGAUGUUACGUUCUCUGCAUCUUCAGAAGGAUGCAUCUGCAUACAGCUACAUCUGUCCUGGAGCACAGCUAAAGUGUUCCAUCAAUGAUGGUGCAGAGUUCAAAGCAGUAGCUGAUGCCAUGAAAGUUAUAGGCUUCAAGCAAGAGGAGAUUCAGACUGUCUACAAAAUUGUGGCAGCCAUUCUUCACUUGGGGAACUUGAAGUUUUCUGUGGAUGGUGAUACACCUGUAAUAGAAAAUGGCAAGGUUGUGUCGAUCAUCGCCGACUUGCUGUCAACAAAAUCUGACAUGGUGGAGAAGGCUCUUUUGUUUCGAACUGUAGCUACAGGUCGGGAUGUCAUUGACAAACAACAUACUGAACAAGAAGCCACCUACGGCAGAGAUGCCUUUGCAAAAGCUAUAUACGAGCGCCUCUUUUGUUGGAUUGUGACACACAUCAAUGAUGUGAUUGAAGUGAAGAACUAUGACACUACAAUACAUGGGAAAAACACAGUCAUUGGUGUCCUGGAUAUCUAUGGCUUUGAAAUAUUUGACAAUAACAGUUUUGAGCAAUUUUGCAUUAAUUACUGCAAUGAAAAGCUACAGCAGCUCUUUAUUCAGCUGGUUCUAAAGCAGGAGCAGGAAGAGUACCAGCGAGAGGGAAUUCCCUGGAAGCAUAUUGAUUACUUUAACAAUCAGGUCAUCGUCGACCUGGUAGAGCAGCAGCACAAAGGGAUCAUUGCCAUUCUGGACGAUGCCUGCAUGAAUGUUGGAAAAGUGACAGAUGAGAUGUUCCUUGAGGCUCUUAAUAACAAGCUAGGGAAGCAUGCUCAUUUCUCCAGCAGAAAGCUUUGUGCAACUGACAAAACGCUGGAGUUUGACAGAGACUUUCGAAUCAAGCACUACGCUGGAGAUGUGAUUUACUCAGUCACUGGAUUUAUUGACAAAAACAAGGACACUUUAUUUCAAGACUUCAAGCGCCUCAUGUACAACAGCUCUAACCCUGUGUUGAAGAUGAUGUGGCCUGAAGGUAAACUGAGCAUCACUGAGGUAACCAAGAGACCUUUGACAGCUGCUACUCUUUUUAAGAACUCCAUGAUUGCACUAGUGGACAACCUGGCAUCGAAGGAGCCCUAUUAUGUCCGUUGCAUUAAGCCCAACGAUAAGAAGUCACCACAGCUUUUUGACGAGGAGCGUUGCAGGCAUCAGGUUGAAUACCUUGGCCUUUUGGAGAAUGUGAGAGUCCGCCGAGCAGGCUUUGCCUACCGCCAAACGUACGAAAAGUUUCUUCACAGGUAA